GCUUGAUUUUAUCGAGAUUCGAUAAGGCCCAUUAUUUUACAGUUUCUAUUAUAAGAAAAUCCUAUAUUUCUUAUUAUCACAGUAAUAAAGUACUAAGCCAUAUUUAGUUAUUGAUUUAUCUAUACAACUUUACGGUGUUGAUCAAACCUCGUCUAUUUAAACAGACCUCGUCUAUUUAAACUGACCUCGUCUGUUGUUAAUAACACAAAUAUAAAGUUUAACGUCCGAAUUAAAUCUCAGUAUCUUGGUAAACACAGCAAAUAUAUAUGUUUUGUACUCUCAUCAGAUGAAUAUAUAUAAAAUGGAGCCAGCAAAUCCUCACUUCGAUUGGUUUAAGACUCAUGCACAUAAAAGAGCUAUGUUCUAUGAUACGAGGGAGAUUUUAGCAGAAAUAAAUGAAAAUGGCUGCGGUGGUAAAUGGUUUUAUAAAAAUGGUUCUGUUGCACUCCAUUAUUGUAAUAGCCAAGGUCGUAGUGAUAAGUAUAGGUAUAUUAUAUAUGACUUAAACGAAGAUGACUAUGUCGACGUAAAGAAUACAAGAAGGCCAUUGACUAUUUUGGCUUGUUUUGACUAUUUAGGAAACGGUGUUGUUUAUGAUCAGUCCGGAAAGGCCAGGAUAAAAUACAACCAAUCAGAGGGAAUUAUUAUUGAUAAUAAAAUUGGCGUUCCAAGUAAAUGGAAAUGGCAUUCGCUAAACGAUCCCCCUGUUUUACAAAAUGUUUACAUGGAUAAUAAAGUAACAGAUGAUUCACUUUUACAAAACUUCAUUAUACCUGAUGAUUUAAUGAUUUUUAAUAAUGACAAUAUCUCUAAAGUCGAUGAUGACAUGUUAGCGAUUGAAUUUGAAAACUUCGUAAGAGGCAAAGCUCAGAAAAUAAUGCAAAAAAUGACAUCAUAUAAAAUACGAAUGAAGGCUGUAAAAAUUAAUGAUUUUUUUUCUUUGAGGAUCAUAGAUCAAGAGAAUAUUUAUAUUAUUUUUAGAAAUGGGCAUAUACCUUUUAAGUUGAAUAUAGGCAUGCGCUUGAAGAGCAAUGAAAUAAUUGAUACUAUAACAGUUGAUGUUGCUGAAGUUUCUACGCCAUAUGAUUUUGUACCAGAAACAAAGAGCCAUUCCGAUAUUCACGAAGUACUCCGCUGCAUGCAAAACUUUAGUAAAUCAAGACACAGAUAAGAAAAAUAUUAGACAUAUUGUUCAUUUUUUACAUACUGACACACUUCUUUUAACUUUUUUUUCUUUUAGAAUUUAGUUGUCUGUUAAAGGAUACACUUUACACUGAUUUAUGUACCAUUCAUCACGAUCUUAUGUUUUGUAUUUGUAUUACUAUAAGGAUUAUAUUAAUAAUUUUUUAAAGAAUUUUUAGGGAUAAAAUAUAGACAUCAUUUAUUAAUGUAUUAGUUACCUACUUAAGAUACGCUUGUGAACGUCAGUAAAAAAAUUAAUGCUUCCAAAGUUACAUUUACUGCCAGUCCCCAAAUCAAGCGUAGAACGAGAAGAACUGGCAAGAAACUCUCCUUCACUCUUCCAACC